UUUGUUUGUACCCAAAGAGGGGCUCGAAGGAAAUGAAUUUUGAAGCGGCACCUUUCACCACCUUGCAGUAUUACCCUGAUCCCUGCAUCCAGCGGUUUGUAGAAACUCCGAGCCACUUCUCCUGGAAGGAGAGUUACUACCGUUCAGCCAUGUCCCAGAACUCGCAGCCCAGGGAUUUCCUGAGCCCAGAGGUGCUACAGCAUAUCUGGGACUUCCUGGAACAGCCAAUAUGCUCAGUUCAGCCGAUUGAUUUGAACUUCAUUGAUGAUCCAUCAGAAAAUGGCCCUACAAACAAAAUAGAGAUUAGCAUGGAUUGUGUCCGAGUACAGGAUACGGAGCUGAGUGAUCCAAUGUGGCCGCAGUACACGAACCUGGGGCUCCUGAACAGCAUGGACCAGCAGAUCCAAAAUGGCUCUUCCUCCACCAGCCCCUACAACACGGAGCACGCGCAGAACAGCGUCACGGCACCCUCGCCUUAUGCCCAGCCCAGCUCUACUUUUGAUGCCCUCUCGCCCUCCCCAGCCAUCCCUUCCAACACAGACUACCCAGGACCUCACAGCUUCGAUGUAUCAUUUCAACAGUCCAGCACAGCAAAGUCAGCAACAUGGACGUAUUCCACUGAACUGAAGAAGCUGUACUGCCAGAUUGCCAAGACAUGUCCCAUUCAGAUCAAAGUGAUGACCCCGCCUCCCCAGGGAGCUGUAAUCCGGGCUAUGCCAGUCUACAAGAAAGCUGAACAUGUCACCGAAGUGGUUAAACGCUGCCCAAACCAUGAACUGAGCCGAGAGUUCAAUGAGGGGCAGAUUGCACCUCCCAGCCACCUGAUCAGGGUGGAAGGGAACAGCCAUGCCCAGUACGUAGAAGAUCCCAUCACCGGGAGGCAGAGUGUGCUGGUUCCCUAUGAGCCGCCUCAGGUUGGUACAGAGUUCACGACAGUCUUGUACAACUUCAUGUGCAACAGUAGCUGCGUGGGAGGGAUGAACCGUCGACCGAUUCUCAUCAUUGUGACAUUGGAAACCAGAGAUGGGCAAGUCUUGGGCCGUCGAUGUUUUGAAGCCCGCAUUUGUGCUUGCCCAGGCAGAGAUCGCAAAGCAGAUGAGGACAGCAUCCGAAAGCAGCAAGUCUCUGACAGCACAAAGAAUGGUGAUGGUACGAAGCGCCCUUUUCGACAAGGUACUCAUGGCAUACAGAUGACGUCUAUCAAAAAAAGACGUUCUCCUGAUGAUGAGCUCUUAUACUUGCCGGUGAGGGGACGAGAGACAUAUGAAAUGCUACUAAAGAUCAAAGAGUCCCUGGAACUUAUGCAGUACCUACCCCAGCACACGAUUGAGACUUACAGGCAGCAGCAGCAACAGCAACACCAGCACUUGCUCCAGAAGCAGACCUCCAUGCAGUCACAGUCGUCCUAUGGUUCCAACUCUCCGCCGCUCAGCAAAAUGAACAGCAUGAACAAACUGCCCUCUGUCAGCCAGCUAAUUAACCCCCAGCAGCGCAGUGCCCUGACUCCAACCACCAUCCCCGACGGCAUGGGAACCAACAUUCCCAUGAUGGGCACCCACAUGGCCAUGACCAGCGACAUGAACGGCCUCAGCCCCACACAGGCGCUGCCUCCUCCCCUCUCCAUGCCUUCAACGUCCCACUGCACUCCCCCUCCUCCAUACCCCACAGACUGCAGCAUUGUCAGCUUCUUAGCGAGGCUGGGCUGCUCAUCCUGUGUGGAUUAUUUCACGACCCAGGGGCUGACCACCAUCUAUCAGAUUGAGCAUUACUCCAUGGAUGAUCUGGUGAGCCUCAAGAUCCCGGAGCAGUUCCGCCAUGCCAUCUGGAAAGGCAUCCUGGAUCACCGGCAGCUCCAUGACUUCUCCUCCCCUCCCCACCUCCUGCGCACCCCAAGCGGCGCCUCCACUGUCAGUGUGGGCUCCAGUGAAACCCGGGGGGAGCGGGUCAUCGAUGCAGUCCGCUUCACGCUCCGGCAGACCAUUUCCUUCCCGCCCCGUGACGAGUGGAACGACUUCAACUUCGACAUGGAUGCCCGGCGCAACAAACAGCAACGCAUCAAGGAGGAAGGGGAGUGAGCUCCACAGAACCCAUUCCACCCCGCCUCAGCCACAAACUGCUCAGCCCUUCGUGUGUCUUCACCCUGCUUGGUACUGCACCCCUGGAAGAAGGGCACAGAGAGCCUUCUUACUCAGUCAUGCUAGUUAUGCCCUUACUCCUGUCUAGGCCAUGUCCCUGGACUUGUGACCUCCAUCUCAGCUCUUGCAAGGGAAAGAGCUGAGCGAAGGGGGAAGGCAGGUGGUGUUCCCUUGAAAGCUGUUGGCCUUCUCGAGAAGGCAUUGUUUUUUGUCUUGUGUUUUCCUUUGGGCAGAGGGCUUCUUUUCUUGACUCUUGAAUCCUCACACACCUUGUGGGUAUCUUGACCUUCAGACUGUCUCUCUCAUCCACCAAUUCUGCUUUGAAAAGCAAUAAGGUUUAAAAAAAACAAAACCAAAACCCAAAGUGCUCCAAACUCUAAGCUGAUAAUUCAUCAGAAAAAAUAAAUGGGAACUAGUCUGCUGAACGUUGCACUUAAACAGCCUCUUCCCACGGAGCUGAGUGCUCUGUUCAUGUGUAAUAUUCUCCAGCGGAGACAGCACAUGCACUUUGCUGGACAGGCCAGCGCUUACAGCCACCUGCAGCCCACUUUUUCCUUUUCCUUUGCCUUCUCUGAGGGGGGGGAAAACAAACAAACAAACAAAAAAAACCCCUUUUGCUGUCUCUUCUCUUGAUUGAAUGUACAUUUAUGUGUAUAUCCUGGUUUGCUUGUUUCAGGAUAUAAACUCAAAUAAUGCUGUUGAUCGCCCUGACUCGCGUGUCCCCCACCCAACCUUAGCCAUUCUGUACUACUACCACAAUCUAAGCUAGAGUACUAGGCUUUGUCACAUGUGCAACCUGGUUGGUUUAGUAUAAAGAAGCCAGGACCUGUCUACCUGCCCUCUGGUUGGCACAGAGGACCAGCUGGAAGCUGCACACUGAUUUGUAGGGCUUGAGCUACUCUAAACCCAGGCAAUCCUUUAUUUAGACCAUAUUAGACUGAUUCCAGCUAAGGAGAGUAGAGCCAUCUUUAGAUGCAUCUCCAAUUGACCGAUGUCUGUUGCAUUUUGUUGCCGGUGACUGUAGACUAUGUGAUGGGGAGCUAGAAGCAGAGAGUAAAAAAAAAAAAAAAAAAAAAAAAAAAAAAAAAAAAAAAAAAAAAAAAAAAAAAAAAAAAAAAAAAAAAGACCAAAAAACAAAACCAGGAUUUUCCCACAGACUGCCUUGGAACAAGUAGUUUGAAAAGGUUCCUGGUAGUAUGAGUGUUACUACUGCAAAAAGUGUUGUUUACAUUAAAAAUUUAAAACUUUUGUGUUUUUUCUUUAUUGGUUAAACAGCAGUUGUGCUCUGAGGCAUUUCCUCUGUGACUGCCAGUCAUACUGCAGGCAAGUAAUGGAACAGAGUGCAUGUUUCCACACCUGUAUUGGCCACAGCAGUGAGACGCUAAUAGGUAGAAACAGAUACAAGCUGAGGAGCUCAGCUGCUUUCAACUUGGCUUUCUCUUUUUAACAUUAAGCUUGAUUUUUUUUUUUUUUUUUUUUUUUGACUGGGGAAAGUUGAUGAAAGCAGCUUUUAAAUGAGUUGCCAUCCUACGUUGCUACAAACAAAUAAUUUCUUUUCAAUGCAGCGGCUGUUCUCUGGGCCCUGCUGUGUCACAUACUUCAUUUGAGUAAGGUAUUGUUAGUAUCCUCCUUCAUCUGCACAUCUGUCUGUUGUAGGUCUGAGUUGCAUUCAAUGACUGCCUUUUGGUAACUGUGCAAGCCUAUUUUGGAUAGCCCAGAAUGGUGAUGCAAGAUGAUUACCCUGUAAAGUGUGUGUAUAUAUAUAUUUUUUUUGUAUGUGUAAUUUUUGUUUCCUAGAACAUAACAUGGCAAUUUUUAUUUCUUCUUGGGAUACCGGGUCUGCCAGAACCACAAUAAAAUGUUGUUUGUUUUUCUGUUUUUUAAUUAUUAUUUUUAUGCAAAACGCUUACAGUAUACAGUGUAACAAGUGACUCACCAUUGAACAAAUAUAUUUGUAUUUUUCAUACUGAGAUUCCUGUAUUACUUUGCAGUUGAGGGGUUAGGGGACAGGGACUGAAAGCCUGUUUUAUCAUUUUAUUUUGUAACACUUCAAAGAGCAGCGUCCUAGAUUUCAAAGUAUUUAACAUGCUCAGUGUGAAAACUUACUACUAUUUUUUUUUCCUAGUAUGCUACAAAAGAAGCGCAUCAUCCUGCUCUUGACUCAAUGCAAGAAUUAAUUCAGUGGGGCAGUGUUAGUGCGGGGAAAGUCUUAGUGCGGCUACUUUGCAAAUUCUUGGAGGUGAAUUUUAGGUUCUGCCCUCCUCACCUUCAUGGUUUUGCAUCUCCAUUGUGUAAUCCUUCUGAGCUGCUUCAGUAUUGUAGGAAAUGAUUCAAAAAUACCUUCAUCUUAGGAACUAGGAAGCUUCUGACUAUAAAGGUUAAUGCAGUUAAUGCUGUGCCCAGAGUUGGGGCACAAGAACUUCAGUAUCUGCUUUUUUAACUCAGCAGUUAGCUGGAGCUUUUCUGCUACAUCACUAAUAAUUAAAAUUUAUGCUGUGAAAAAUGUUCUUUCUACUGUGUACCAACAUGGAGCCCACUUCUGUAUAACUGGAAUCUUCAAGUGAGUUUGAACUGCUGUAGCUUUUAUCCUCUCCUAUAGAGCUGUGAUUUUUGUUUUGAUACAUCAAAGCAUAUGGGUUAACUGAGCUGAGAAUCUGCCAAUGCUUGUAGCAAUGACAGUGUUGCCUGCACCAGGACUUGUGUGUGUUUUGGAACACCUUGUUGUUGAAGUCGAUGAAAAUAAAAGCCAAACUGAAAAUGA